AUGGCGUGCAUCGUAAAAGGAACGGCCUUCAUCACAGGCGGUGGCUCAGGAAUCGGCAAGGCGACUGCAUUAGCAUUCGCGAAGAGCGGAAUCAGCGCUCUGGCUCUCGCAGACCUGAACAUCUCUGCCCUAGAGAGUACCCGCCACGAAAUCGAGACUCUGUUUCCCGAUGUUCAGGUGGAAACCCUACAAGUGAACGUCGCAGAUGAGGUAGGCGUGGACUCAGCCGUACGAAAGUCCGUGGAGCGCUUUGGCAGUAUCGAGAUAGGCAUCAACUGUGCUGGCAUCAGUGGUAGCCCCACGCCCACUGAUAAAAUGUCUCUAGCAGAAUGGCAAAAGGUUAUUGAUAUCAACCAGACCGGCCUUUGGCUCAGUCAGAGGGCUCUUAUUCGGCAAAUGUUGACUCAGGAGUCUCGGGGGGUUCGGGAAGGACGUGGGUGUAUCGUGAAUGUCUCGUCUAUGUUCGGUAUUGCUGGACCACCCCCGCCCUCUGGAAUCUCGCACUACACUGCGGCCAAGCAUGCUGUAAUUGGCCUGACAAGAAUGGAUGCGAAAGCUUACUCCCGACAGGGAAUCCGCAUCAAUGCCAUUUGCCCGGGCUUCGUGGACACGCCUAUCCUCAACGAUCACUUCGAUUCAAUGAAGCCCCUAUUCGAUGCGACACCCAUCGGUCGGCCUGCCCAGGUUGAAGAGAUAUCCGACGCGCUCCUCUUCCUCUCUUCACCCAUGAGCAGCUAUAUGUGCGGCGCAGCAUUGGUGGUAGAUGGAGGCAACACCGUCUAG